AACACUGUCAUGCACUCGAUCGGGAUUAUUUGGUGCAAGCGUGUUGGGGAAAAACCAACUUUUUUAUAUUUUCUGAGAAGGAAAUCAAGACAUCCCCCGAGGUAGACUACAUACACCGCAGUAUACAGCAAAACGUCAGCAAUGAAGAAAGUGUUAUUAACGAAAUCACAGCACAAAUUUGUGACAACAGAUGUUAUAAAGAAACCACAAAACCUUGCCACAACAGCGACAACUACAAUGAAUUUGGCGAAUGUGCGUGUAAUGCAUGUGCAAUCGGAUAUAAUAACCGAUACGUAUAUGCAACGGAAAUCGUUUCAGUCCAUCUACGAAGAAAUUUUCAAGUUGCUAAUGCGUCUACCCGAUAAGGCGUUGCAACAACGUGUAAUCGACGCUAUCAACGGGCGAAGUGAUAAGUCCUCUAUCUUAAACCCAAAUCAGUGUAAACAGUGCUCCAUAAAUGAACAACAAAAAGCAAUUACCCUAAAAGUGAAUGCGUCAACACAAACAGAAACAUUAGAGACUAAAGAGACUAACUGUAGUAAAGCGAAUUUAAAUGAGUGUGCGAAACAAAAAGAACCCGUGAAACCAGUUAAAAACGAGCCCGACCCCCCGAAAACACAGUUAACAACAUCUGCAAAAGUGCCACGAAAACGUGGCCGAAAACGUAACACAUGUGUGCCACAGGUGGUCAAAAGAUCAGCCGCCCAAAUGGCGCUACAGGAGCGCGAGGAGAAGCAAUUGACACCUCUCCCGGUGCCCAAAAAGCAGAAACUGGAGACAAUCGCGCCCUCCCAGUCGGAGAGUCCACCCAAGGGACAGAUCCAACGUCGAGACUCCUUCAUUUCCAAUUUAUCUGACGAUCUAAAUAAUGUUAAUAUAAUGGACCUCGCCAAUGGUUGGGACAAUUAUAUUAACAAUGAUAUUCAAAACACGAUCUAUACAACCAUGGAAAAUGAAUACCGAAAAGCGGAUAUCCUAUCCGUCGAAGGUUUGCUACCUAUUCACGAUGCUAUUUUAGUAGACGACGUUCAAGGUGUUCAACGACAAGCCUAUGUCUGGUCCAAGUUGAAGGGCGACGUUGACUUCAAUGAACUAGUAAGUGCGGAUGGUGAGGAUUGCUUGCAGCUGGCUCUGACCAACGAUUGCGAUUCGGAGAUUGUGAAGGUGAUAUUGACCGCAGGCGUGUUACCCAAUCAUAUCUAUGAGGACUCCAACACUGCGCUUCACCUUGCCAUCAUCAAUAAUGUCCAGUUAGAGUCACUGCGUCAACUAAUGCUGCGAAUCGAUCUUAAUCUGCUCCUGAAAACGAACGACGAUGGCUACACAGCUCUACAUAUCGCCGUGCGUCAUAAUCGCUAUAAAAUGGCUGAGGUGAUAUGCGAUACAAUCGAUCAAAGAGAACUGGGCGAAUCUGUCUAUAAGCGGACGUCGACUGAGAAGGAAGAGAGAUCGAUAGAUAAUAAUAGUAAGGGAAUGGAUGCCAAGGAUGAGAAGCAAUUUGCCAAGUUCUAUGAGCAUGCUUGCGAUCGAUUGGACAGUAAUAAAGAUAAAUUGCUCAGACGUGCGCUAAAGCACGAGAUACUUAAUGCCUCGGAGGCACGUGCGGGAAAUGUAAGCCUCUUCUAUGCGAUUGAGGGAGAGCUGGAGCAUUUCUGUUACUUCUUACUCGCGCAUCUAACAAAUCCCGAUGAGGAGAACCUGAGCGGACACAGUCCUAAAUCGUAUCAUUAUGAAUUUGCUCGAGUGCUGCGCAUUAAUCUAAAAAUAUCACGUGUUAUGGACAAAGUGGUUGGCAUUCUGAAUGGGACAUCAAGAAAUAUUUAAGUAUACAUAAGUAGUAGUUAAUAAAACUAAGUUUGUUUUUCCC